AUGUUCGUCACUCGCGCUGCCCGCCCCACCCUUGCCGCCGCUCGCUCUGCGCGCGCCGUCCGCUUUGCGCACUUUGAGAACGUGACCGACCAGACCAUCCCCGGCGGCUCGAAGAAGACGACCGGGUUCGCUCUUCGCAUGAUUGUCUUUGGCCUCGUCGGCGCUGGCCUUCCCUUCGCCGCUGCCAAGUUCCAGAUGGCCAAGGCUGGCGGUGAGCCUUAG